AUGGGAACCUGCGGGAGGUGUCUGAGGGCGGGCGUGGCCUGUGCAACAAGUUACACAAAGCCGAGGGGCCGGUCCCAAAAACACGGCAUCUCGACGGACGGCACAUCGCAUGUGUCUGGUCUGGAUAUGCAGGAACCCGCGUUACCUACACCGGAGAGCGUCCUGUCAGCAGGCCUAACAAGCUCAGUUCAAGUGGCAGAAGAUGGGAGUCAGCUUUGGUCUCCGCUGGAAGAAUACAAUCACUUGCCUUCAUUAUCUAACUUCGAAUCUGGAGCUCUCUCGCAGAGCCAGGAUGAAGACUUUGCAGGUCUUUGGUGGUCACCGCUGCACGAGGACCUCGAUUUGGAUGUACAUAUGGACCCAUCUGGUGCCUGUCAAAAUGGAUAUUCUGCUGAGAUUUCAUCGUUCUCCCGGACUGAUUGUAGUCGUCAAUCUAAUGAUUGCAGUCCAGAGACGCUGCAGCAUGUCGAAUGCGACAUGCGGCUGUCCCAGCUCAAUCUCGAACUCUGCCGGCAAUCAAAGGCGUACCACCACUGGCCCAACACUACAUCCGACGGUUCGGUGCGAAGACCGCAUUUCGCCAUAGCCAGCGCUCUCCGUGACUUACUACAGAACACAGAGGCCUUCAUUCAUAUUCUACAUUGUUUAAGGAAUGGAACUGAGUUGAAUCUGGAUGGCAGAUACCAGGAACCCAUCAGUACCCAUGACACCGGCGUUUCUCCGCCAAGCCUGGCUUUUCCCUCUAUACUCAACCUCACAUCAUGCUUUUUCCGGAUUGUAGAUCUCUUCAACGUGCUCCUCUCCAGUCUCGCACUUGAAUUAGCUACGCACUCACCUCUGCAACGGCGAUCAUCUUCUUCCAGCGUCACAUCCGCUCUUCAAAUUCUGCCCGAUCUCAAACUCGCUGGGCUCGCAGUUCAAGAAGUCUCUUUGCAAACCAAAAUCUUGGUGCUGACCAUUACUCAUCAUUUUGAGACGAUGGAGCGAUUGCUGGGAUUGCCGGCCGACCUAAGGGUCUCGGAGUGCAAAGACGAUAAUGGAUAUGGCCUGUUGGGUGCAAGUUGGACGAGCGUGCUGAGCUCCGGCAGGAGGGAAAAAUUUGAGCUCGGGUGGCGCAGAACGGGAAAUUGGGUGACUAGUAUAGAGUCACUGAAAGCGAACAUGGGGACACUGACGAAGGGAUCUUGCUGA